UUUUAAGACUUUAAGGUUUCAUUCGGAAAAAAACAUUUCAUCUUCAUUUUACUUUACUUCAGCUAUGUCUAUUUGUUCCCGUUUUAGAAGCUUUGUUGGAAUAUGUAUAAUUUUGAAUGUUAUAGUCGGUGUUUCGUCGCAACCCAUUAUCGCUGGUAUUGAAAGACAAAUUCUGGGUAGCCUCAUUGGAGAAGUUGCUAGGAACAUUCCACUGUUAAAUCUUGACCCAACUACAAAUGUCCGCUUGCCAGUCAGACGUCAGCCAAUUUUACGACUUCCGUCUGUUGCUGAAAGACAUCACUCCGUUGUCCAAAGACCAGGUGCGGGAGGACAAACUGGUGGAGGACAUGGUUGCGACACGCAUGUAGACUUGCAACAUCAACACGGUAAUCGUAAUCCCUACCCAGUUAUCCAUAGACCAGGUGAUUGUGGACCAACUAGUGGAGGACAUGUUCGCGACACGCAUGUAGACUUGCAAGGUCAACACGGAAAUCGUAAGCCCUACCCCGUUGUCCAUAGGCCAGGUGGGGGAGGACAAACUGGUGGAGGACAUGUUGCCGACACACAUGUAGACUUGCAAGGUCAACACGGAAAUCGUAAGCCCUACCCCGUUGUCCAUAGGCCAGGUGUGGGAGGACAAACUGGUGGAGGACAUGUUCGCGACACGCAUGUAGACUUGCAAGGUCAACACGGAAAUCGUAAGCCCUACCCCGUUGUCCAUAGGCCAGGUGGGGGAGGGCAAACUGGUGGAGGACAUGUUGUCGACACGCAUGUAGACUUGCAAGGUCAACACGGAAAUCGUAAGCCCUACCCAGUUAUCCAUAGGCCAGGUGUGGCAGGACAAACUGGUGGAGGACAUGUUGACGACACGCAUGUAGACUUGCAAGGUCAACACGGAAAUCGUAAGCCCUACCCCGUUGUCCAUAGGCCAGGUGGGGGAGGGCAAACUGGUGGAGGACAUGUUGUCGACACGCAUGUAGACUUGCAAGGUCAACACGGAAAUCGUAAGCCCUACCCAGUUAUCCAUAGGCCAGGUGGGGCAGGACAAACUGGUGGAGGACAUGUUGACGACACGCAUGUAGACUUGCAAGGUCAACACGGAAAUCGUAAGCCCUACCCCGUUGUCCAUAGGCCAGGUGUGGGAGGACAAACUGGUGGAGGACAUGCUAGCGACACGCAUGUAGACUUGCAAGGUCAACACGGAAAUCGUAAGCCCUACCCAGUUAUCCAUAGACCAGGUGAUGGUGGACCUACUAGUAGAGGACAUGUUGGCGACACGCAUGCUUUUGCGGAAGCCGGCGGAGGUUUACAUCCGAGUGGUCGGCGCAUUAUGCUUACAAGACCCAGAAGGCCUUUUGAGCGACGUUAUGGUAGAGGACGUCUUUCACCAGAAGAGCGAAGAUUGAGGCGGCUCAUGCGCAGACAACGUCGACGUGAGAUGCUUGCGCGCGAUGGUAUUAGAGGUGAGACGCAUGGACUCGCGGGUUUACUGGCCGGUGCUGUUAGGACAAUUGUUGGCUGAGUGUUGCUAAUUCAAGUGAUACAAAUGAAACAAUACAUAAGCAUAAUAAGAAAAAUAAAGUUUCUUCUAUGUGCAAUAUUUGGUUGAAUUAUCGUAACAAGAGAAAACAUAAAACAGACUUACUGUUGACAUUUCAAGUUUUGACCACAAACUUUGAGAACGUUCUAAAAGUGUAUUCAUUGAACGGUUGUUACAUCUGUUUUAUUGUAUAUGCCGUAUAGUCAAUUGUUCGUAGUAAUACGAGGGAUUGUUCGAAUGACCGCUUUUUCUUCACUGCAUUUUUGUACACUAUUAUAGUAAUAUUUAGAAAUGUUAAGAAUGGCAUGCCACCUUAAGAAUGUAAUGUCAUAUAAAGAAUGAAGUUUAUAUAAUAUCUCCAAGCAUUACAGAUGUCAUUAAGAACUAGAAAUGUAAAUGACAAUGGCAUUCAGUAAUUUAAACGUACCUUUAUCCUGCUAUUUUUUAAAUGGACUGGUCCAUCCUGUACACUCAACAAAAUUCCUAAUCAGUCAGUUUUUAUUGUAUUACUAUUUUGUUAAUAAUGCAUGUACUAACACGAAAUUCACAUACCGAAAUUUAAAUAGGUACUGCAGCUAAUUUUUGAUUUAUUUUUGACCGACUCACCGCCAAAGUAACCGCUUUAGACGUUUUUGCCAAUUUAGCAUAUUUUGCACGUGCAUGGCAUGUACACCAAUAUGCACGUGUUAAUAAGCACUUUUGACAUUACUAACGAAAGUUCUACUAGAAAAACAUAUAUCAUCGUUAAAUUGACACAAGAGCAACGCGCCCGGACUGUCUGAAUUAUACAACAAAAUUCAAAAUCGGUCAUUUCAAUGAAUUGUACUUUGGUAAAAUUUCGAAAAAAAGAGCGCAGAUGGUAGAUAACCAACAAGUGAAGGUUCUUUAAACGGAAAUAAGGUUACAAAUGGAAAUAACCAUCAAAGUAACAGUUACAAACAAAUAAUAUCAAAAUUCUAUUGAAAUUGUAAAACCAAUAGCACAAGUGCCGAAAAUGUGUCCCAGCUAGCAACAUUCCGACAGCUCGAUCCCAUUGCUCUUGUGUCAAUUUCACUAUAAUUCCUAUGUGUUUUUCUAGUUGGACUUUCGUUAGUAAUGCCAAAAUUGUAAAAGAACACGAGUAUGUUGGUGCACAUGCACUGCAAGUGCAAAAUAUCAAAUAUUAGGCAAAACGCCUAAUGCGGUUACUUUGGCCGUGAGUCACCCAAAAUAAAUUAAUAAUUAGCUGCAGUACCUAUUCAAAUGCCGGCAUGUGAAAUUUCUUGUAAAUACCUGCAUUAUUGACAAAAUAGUAAUACAAAUAUAAACUGACCGAUUAGGAAUUUUGUUGAGUGUAAUUUGGGCAGUACCAUUAAGAAUUACGAAGAGUUGUUUACUGAAUUUUUUUUUCUGAAUAGCGAACAGUGCAGACCAUGAUCAGCCUGCAAGUAUGUACAGAUUGAUCUUGGUCUGAACUGGUCGCAAAGGCAGAAUCACUUACCGCCUCCACGCUAAAAAAGCCCUUCCAGAUGCGAGUUUCAACAUUCAGUUUAGUAACACUGAAAUUAAACGUUAUCAUGUGUGUUGACAGAAUUUGUAGUAACCAUGGCAAUUAGAAAUAUGCAAUUUAGCAAUUUUAAUACUAUGCUAUAAGAUAUUGGGAAUUUGCAUAUGUACAGACUCAAAUUUUUGAGUUGCAGCAAUUAGUUUACUAGCACAUAAGGUUGUAGUUGACAACGUUUUUGCUUGGGAUUUGUAAUUAUCAAUUUAAAAUAUAUGUAAUAAAGCAAUUUAUAUAUUUGUAUUUUUGCGGAUAACACUUUCAACAAAGAAUACUGUCGCUUAAGUUCUCGGUUUGGCUGAGUCUGUUCAUGUCGAUGUAAUGGGAAGAAAAUAACUUCUCACGCCCCUAUAGCAUAGGUAUUGAAUGGUCUCAAUGAUCCCAAUGGACCAGAAUUAACCCACCUUUGCAAUCACAUAGGCAGUUAACUUCAUAACCUAUAUCUUGCAUGCUGCAUGUCUGACGAGACAAAUGAGAUCAGUUAAAAGGAUGAAACCUAUAUAUCACAUGCCGAAGGAUCCCACCAAGUUUUAUUAUCAUCUAUCAAAAUAUAAACAAAAAAUUGUCUUGUGCUUCAGCGCUGCGACCGAACUUCAGACGUACCUCGCAUUAGGCAAGAAUUUAUACCAAAAUACCGUCUGAAGAUACACAUACCAACAUUUAAAAUUUAUAAUGUGUUCUUCGUCAAAGGCAGGUGGUAUUAAAGAUUUGUAAGCAUUGUAAACAGAGCAUAUGAUAAAAUUCGCAGAUGUGUAUAUUAAAAUCACAGUUGCUGCAGAAGGAAAAUGCGAAGAACGGCAAGAAAUAAUUAG